AUCUACAGUAUCAUCACCAUUAUCAUCUUCUCCAGUCACCAUAUUUUGCCCCCACCAGCCACGGGCGCUACUGCGGAUUACUAGCCACCUGCAUAUCAAGCAGUUCUCGCCACCAGCAAAGCAACAUUUUAAGCGCUCUGGCGGGUACAACGUCGCCAGCUCCCAGCCAUCUAGCCAAUCAACGCUGCUCAAUUCCCUGCCAUUGCCAUUUUACUCUGGCCGUCGCUGCUUCUAAAAUUAUCAUCUGAACAUCCUUCGUCCUUCCAUAUCGAAUCUUAGGCCCGGCAAUUGUCUUAAACAUCCCCGCAAUGUUGGCCAAGUCUUUCCUUACUCUCGCAGCCGCUGCCUGUGCCGUCGCGUCGCCCAUCGCAGUCAGCGUGUCCGCCGGUGCCGGCGCCAGCGCAAGUGCUGGCCCUUCAUGCCCUCACGUCCCUGCCACGCCAACGCUGCCCAAGGCUGGUGGUGCCUCGGAACUACCGAACCCCCCAGAAGGCACCAAGCUCCUACACAUUGCCCUCGGCUUCGGAAUACAAAACUACACGUGCCCUACCCAAGGAGCCAAUGCUACAGCAACCGGAGCGCUUGCUAUGCUUUACGAUGCAACUCACCUGUACCCCGGCCAGAGCCAGCGCUCUUUGAGCGAAGAGCAGUGGGCUGCAUUGCCUGGAGAGGUUCUCAACUCGCGUCCAGUGCCUUUACAGUUCAGCACCUCUACUGACGGUCGUGCUGAUCCUAAGCACCCUGGAGCCACAAACGAUCCUUGGACUGCCGAAACACCUCUUAUUGUAGAGGGAGCACGAUCGUUGCCCUUUAUUGGCCAUCAUUUCUUCAAUGCCGCUGGCGUCCCUACGUUCGUCUUGGACGACGGCAAGAUCAUGCUUCUCGCCAAGAAGAUCGAUUCUCAUGCAGCACCGGCUUCGGCGGACCCAGGACCUGACAAGACUGGUGCCGUUCCCUGGCUCUAUCUCGGAAACAACCCGGGGUCCAUUGGUGCCAAGUAUGUCUACCGCGUCCUUACUGCUGGCGGCAACAGCCACGGCUGCGCGGUUGGUGCCGGAGGUGACAGCACCAGCUACACAGCCACAUACUGGUUCUACGGCUGAUAGGUAUCUGAACGGUUCAGAAGGGCAUAUUCUGAUAUAAAACUAUUGCGACGUUAUGGCUGCGUGCAAAUGGGAUUCAUCUUCUGCAGGGUUUGGACAGGCUAUUUUCACGUUUGGCGAGGCGUCGAGCAUUUUUUGUACAUAUUAAUGCCACUGUAUAUAAUGAAAUGAUUUGAAAUGCUAUUAUAUAUGCCUAGCACCAAGCAAAGCGAUGCUGUUUUUCCAAUUGUGCGAUAUAUAGCGAGCUAGCGUAACACUAGUUCCGUGGAUCGCAACGCGUUCGUGAUGAUGUUGCAACAGAAGUGACGAGGGGUG